AUGCGAGCAAUGUCGCUACUGCGGGUGCCUCUGGGCUUCGCUGUGGCCUUCCUUGCGCUUCUUGCCGUCUCUGAUGCCGCUAUCAUCAAGCCGGUCGCCGACGGAGAGAGCCUCGUGGAAAGGCACGCCGCCCUCUCGCGCCUUCCGCACGCGGCCGGCUUCGUCGUCAAGCGCGAAGACUACGAGCUCGAGAGGAGGGCGAUGCCCGAGCCAGACAAGAAGGAGCGCCUCGUCAUCACCUCUGCCGACAUCUCGCCCGACGGCUUCACCAGGCGGGGCAUUCGCGUCAACGGAGAGUACCCGGCCAAGACGUUUGUGUGGGACGAGGACGACGACAUCGAGAUCGAGGUAAUCAACGAUUCGGACAUCGCCUUUUCGCUGCACUGGCACGGUCUGCACCAGUACGGCACGCCGGAAAUGGACGGCGUGCCCGGCGUGAGCCAGUGGUCUAUCUACGGCGGAGACACGUUCGUCUACCGCUUCAAGCUGACCGGCCAGCACGGCAGCUACUGGUGGCACAACCACGGCCACUUUGGCUAUGAGUCCGGCCUUCGCGGUCACAUCUACAUUCGCCCCAAGCCGGGUACGCCGAAGCCCUGGGCCCGCCUGACCGACUCGGAGGACGAGCAGCAGCAGCUCGAGGACGCCGAGAGGCACUUUCAGACCCUCGUCGCAACGGACCAGUGGCACGUCAACCAUAACGAGGUGCUCGAGACGGUGCAGAAGUCCGGCACCCCUCCGGCCUGCUUCGACUCGCUGCUCAUCAACGGCAAGGGACGCGUCUACUGUCCAAACGACUAUGCUGCUGUCGCCGGCCCUGCCACGCUCGGCCUGCUCUCCAACUUCUCGGCUGUCAAUCCCGAGGGCUUCACGAGCAAGGGCUGCAUCUCGCUCGUGCCUCCGAAGCCGGGCUACGAGACCAAGAGCACGCUCGACACCUACUACGGCGGCCCUUGCAAGAACACCACCCAUCCCCUCGAGGUCUUCAACGCUGGCAAGGCGCUCCAGGCUGGAAGGAAGUGGCUCAAUGUCCAGAUCUCCAACGAGGCCACCAAUUGGUACUACGGCCUCAGCAUCGACGGUCACAAGAUGUGGAUCGUCGCCGUCGACGGCAUCUACAUCGAACCGCUCAAGGUCGACUUUCUACAGAUCACCAUCGGCAGCCGCCUCUCGGUCAUGAUCGAGCUCAAUCGCGAGAAAGCCUACCGAGACUGGCCGAUCAGGCUGACGAGCACCCGGCCCCUUCAGCCGAUCGAGGCCAACGCGAUGCUGUCGUACGACGCCGAGGCGCCGGACUCGAUGGACCUGUCCCUCGACGAGGGUUUCCACGUGCUGCUCGAGAACCGCACCGACACGCCCAUCACCUUUGGCGGCGUCGUCAGGCCGGGCACCAAGCAGUGGGUGCAGAAGGACUCGGUGCCGUACCUCCCUUCGAAGAACGUCCCGCGUCACGCCAACAUGACGCUGCACGCCGUCACUUCGCAGAAUUCGCUCAACGUGUGGCAGAUUGCGUCGCAGCCGAUGGACACGGUCGUGCUCGAAGACACCAAGCCCGCCCUGUUCAAGGCGGUCGACUCGGUGCCGCAGAACAAGGACCUCAACCCGUACGCCACGGUGCCGUGGGGCACGGUGAUGGACAUCAUUGUGCGCAACAACGUCUACUCGAUCGUCGGCGGACCCAACAGCCCGCACCCCAUGCACCUCCACUCGCGCCAGUUCUGGAUCAUUGGCGAAGGCAAGGGCGACUUUCCCUACGACUCUGUGGCGGAAGCCGAGCGGGACGGGCUCCAGUUCCGGUACGACAACCCGCCGCUGCGCGAUGGGUUCGACAUUGGCCCGAACUCCUGGACCGUGAUCCGGUACAGGGUGGACCAUGCCGCUGCCAACAUCCUGCACUGCCACAUCGACGACCACCUGAUUGAAGGCAUGGCGGCCGUACUGCUCGAGGGGGUCGAGACGUUGCCACGGGGACACUUUGGCAAGGCGUAUACCGAGAGGCCAGAAAACUGGCACGAGACGUCGCACCAACCCGCCGCAGCGGGCGUCGAAAAGAGCCUGCAAUCCGGUCUGGCCGCCAACAAAUACCCCGCUCCCGUGCCGACAGAGUCGGCCCAGGCCUUUGUCGAUACCUGGGGCGACCCGCGUCCGCUCGCCCAGAGCAUCGAGGCCAUCGCUUCCGCCUCGGCCGCGGCAAAGGCUGCGGCCACGCCAUCGCCGACGCCGACGUCGACGCAGCAGAGGAGGGGCGAUCACCGUCUCGUCAAGCGCAGGCAGAUGGGCUUCCGACCUUCGUCGACGUCCUGA